GAGCUCCGGACAGGGCCACGCUGGGAUCGCCACAUCCCCACCCCAGGAACCCCAGAGCAUGAAAAUCCUCCUCAUUUCUGCUCUUCUGCUGCAUCUCCUCCAACAAGGGAGCAGCAGAGAGAAGUUCUCUGGAGCUGAGCAAUAUGAAAUCGUUUACCCGCAGAAACUGCACGCGGUGCACAGGAGAGCUGCAGGAACCAGCUCAGAGAGCAAAUAUGAUGACAUAGUGAAGUAUGGGAUCAAAGCCAAUGGAGAGGAAGUGGUGCUGCAGCUCCAAAAAAAUCGGGAUCUCCUGGCUGGGGAUUAUUCUGAAACUCUUUAUUCUGCUGACGGCCAACAAAUAACGACAACUCCUCACAUCAAGGAUCACUGUUACUAUGGAGGCCACGUGGAGGGCGAUGCUGAGUCUGUGGCGAGCAUCAGCACCUGCACAGGGCUCAGUGGCUAUUUUGAGACCCGUGGCCAGAAGUUCCUCAUUGAGCCCCUGGGAGCCUCGGACAGGGAUGAGCACGUGGUUUAUAAAUACGAGGCUCUGAAACAAGAGCCCAUCAAAACCUGUGGGCUGGUCAACAACUCCUGGGAGCAGGACUCCAGUGACCCCAUCAAGGCCAUCUUCAGGUCCAGCAACAGCCCAGAGAUGAAAGCCUACCUGAAAUCAAAGAAGUACCUGGAGCUCUAUGUCGUUGCAGACAACGCUUUGUACAAGAAAUAUGAUGAAGAUGCUAAAAAUGUAAGACAAAGGAUAUUUGGAAUAGUCAACUACAUCAACACGGUUUAUAAAGCCAUCAACACCCACGUGGCUCUGGUUGGCCUGGAGGUGUGGACAGAUGGGGACAAGUGUCCCCUGACCAGGAAUGCAGGCUUCACCCUGGAGGCCUUCUCCAAGUGGCGCCGGUCAGAUCUGCUCAAGAGGAAAAGGAACGACAACGCUCAGCUCAUCACGUGGGAGUGCACCAACGACUGCUGUGACCCUGAGACCUGCAAGCUGAGCUCGGGAGCUGCCUGUGCCUCUGGGGAGUGCUGUGAGAACUGCCAGUUCAAGAAGUCGGGCUCGGUGUGCCGGCCGGUGAAGGACGAGUGUGACCUGGCUGAGAUGUGCACGGGGCGCUCGCCCAGCUGCCCCGAGGAUCGCUUCCGUGUCAACGGGCACCCCUGCAGAUUUGGAGAGGGCUACUGCUACCUGGGCACCUGUCCCACCCGUGACAGCCAGUGCAAACACGCCUUUGGGCCAGAAGCCACAGAGGGCGAAGCCUCCUGCUACAAUGUGAACGAGAUGGGGAAGUACUUCGGGUACUGCAGGCAGGAGCAGGGCACUUACCUGCCCUGCAAGAGAAAAGACAAACUGUGCGGGAAGCUGUUCUGCUCCGGAGGCAGGGAGAUGCCCCGGGACGGGAGCCUGCUGUCCUUCAGGGCCUGCAAAGGCAGCUUCUCCCGGGGUGGGGGCGACGACCCAGGGAUGAUCCUGGAUGGAACCAAGUGUGGCAAUGGGAUGGUGUGCAGCCGUGGGGAGUGUGUCCAGGCUGAGGACGUCUUCAGAUCCACCAACUGCUCUGCCAAGUGCCCUGGCCAUGCUGUGUGUGACCACGAGCUGCAGUGCCAGUGUGAGGAGGGGUGGGCACCCCCCAACUGUGACAGCUCCUCAGCCCUCACCAGCAUUGCUGUGGCUGCUGGCGUGCUGGCUGUCCUGGCUGUCACUGCAGUUGCAGCCGUGCUGCUCACCCGCUUCCGAGGCUCCCACAAGAGCCACCAGAGCAGGAGGGGACCCGGAGCCACCAACCAGGUGUUUGUGGAUCAGGAGCAGAGCUGCAGGGAACAGCCUGUGCUGGUGCCACCUGCCCAGAAGGUAAUUGAUAAGAAAGUUCUUCCCGUGCCUCCACCUCAGGAGAACAAACCGCACCUUCAGAGUCCUGCCCUGAGGCCCAAGGGUCCCCCACCUCCCGUUCCUGCCCCCAAACCUGGCUCUUCCCACCCCGAGGAGAAGUUUGCCCCAGAGAGAACAGCUCCUCCUGUGCCCCUUCCCAAAGGCAAACCCCCUCCUCCACCCCAGGCUUUAAAGCCCCCCAUGAACCCCAGAGUCUGAGGCUUCCCAAGCAGAGCUGGCUGGGCCACCUGAACUUUGCAGGGACAGUUCAUCCCUCGAUUCCUCCACUUCUGGCAAAGGUGUCCUGGACCAUCUCCCUCUCCUCCUCGAGAACUGACUGAGAGCUGCCUGGGGAGAUUCGGGAUUUCAGGCAGUGAGGAGCCCCGGUGGUGACAUGGAGCUGCUGUCCAAGGGAAGCAGAGCAGAGCCACCACUUGCACCGAGGUGUAAACUGGGAGUAAGUUACAACAGCUGCUGAACACCCCCAGCACUGUGGGAUGAGGCUGCUCCUCCUCUGCUCCUCUGGGGCCAGAGCUGAGGGAGCAGGGACAGUGUGGCUGCUCCAGGUUUGGGAAUUGCAAACUGGUUUUUUUGCUCCAUUUCUGGAUCUUUUCCAGCCCUCUCUGCUCUCAGCAAUACAAAGAUUUCUCCCUCAAGUGCAAGUCAUGGAGAAAAACAAACUCUCCCUGCCCUGAGGAGAGAAGUUGUGUCCCCAGGGUCUGAGCUGGACAUGGAAUAAGCAAUGAGACACACUGGGAAUGGUUCUGGCAAGAUCCUUUGCACUGGAUUCUCUCCACAGUCCUUAAAUUCCCUGCAAAACAUGGAUGUGAUGGAAUUUCAGUUCUUCCUUUGAGGUUGUGUUGGAUGAGGAUGGAUGUUACUGGAAGAGCAGAGCUUCCUUCCUCUUUGGAUAAUUGCUGCUUUAUUUGAGCCAGGAACAGAUUGGAAUCUCCACCUGGGUUUGACUGGGGUGUAAAAAUCCAGAAGUUAUUUUUUAUGAGCUGUAAUUAAUGUAUUUACAGAGAUUUCUGUAUUAAAGUUCUGUCUGAACAGG